UUGCAAUUCGUUUGAUACAUUCAAAUUUGACGUUUAAUGCAAUCUCAGCAUGCAUAUUUCAUCUUGAUAGUCUGAAACAUAAAUUAGGUUUUAUCAUUUUAAUAACUUCUGGAAUUAUUUUUUUUUUCUUUUUGAAAUAUUUUGUCAUUGCUGGCCAACACUAAUGACGUUAAUAAAUUGAAUUAAAUCAACAACAAAACUUUGAGAGCCAGUGUCAAAGUCAAAAAUAAAUAUGUUACUGUCGAGACCUGAAUUUUGUAUGUUUUUAAAGCAAUGUUGCCGACAAAAUUAUAAUAAUGGCCUAAAAAGAGCAUAUUCUCGGCGUAGUGAUUCAAAAACCACCAGUGCAAGUUAUAAAACUGUCAAAUCGACAAAUCUUGUGAAUGAUGGGUCAAAUACAGAAUUACAUGAAGAUCCUAAUUGGGAACUGCUUGCCCCUAGAGGGUACAGAUUUUUACUGCCAGGGUCCAUUGGAGCUGCUUGUCAAGGAGUCUCGACAACUUGGGCUCCUGAAGGCGCUCUUAGAAAAUUAGUGAAUGUAGAUCAAAGUAGUGCUGAAAAAUUGAACAUUACUACCUCACAAUGUCCUGUUCUGCUGCAAAAGAGUCUUCUAGAAAUGUUUCCGCAUAGUGCAAUUAACAAGUGCACUGCCUUUACAGUAGCUACUUUGCAUAAAAAUAUACCACAUGAUGAUAUAUGUGAAUUAGAUUCGGAAAAGAUAGCAAUGAUGUUUGUAUAUGCAGCACAAGAACUAUGUACGAGACUAAUUUUAUCAGGAUAUUGGGCCGAUUUUAUAAAUCCUUUCAGUGGAAGGCCAUUCAAUGGCCCGGUAUCUAAUAAUAAUAAGGUUUAUGAUCCAGAAGAACAAUUUCUUUGUCUUGGUUUCAGUAUAGAUAGUAAAGAUAAACUCUGUACUAUCAUCAAAGGAGAACAUGAGGGUCAAAAGUUCUUUAAAGGCAAUAUAUUCUCGGAUGCCCCUUCACAUCUUGAAACAUUUUUGGACAUAGUAAAAAGUUAUGAACUAGAAAAUUUCAAAUGAAAAUAUUUCUAAUCCCCGAAGUACUAUAUAUUUGUGAUAUCAGAUAAUUAUUUAUAUAAAUAUGAUAUUGUUUCAAAUAAAAUGUUCAUAUUGUUAAGAAAUUAUUGUUCUUUAAAAUGUUUUGU